CCCAGCGCCAGCGCACGAGCCUCGCCUGCCGCAGGCGCUUCCACGAACCAGCAACCCUCCACUACCACCACCAACACCUCCUCUUCCUCCUCCUCCAAGACGAAAACCAAUCCGAACGGCACUGCGAUACAUCCUCAGACGGCAUUAAGUUCCAUGACCAGCCUGCCGCUGGACCUCACCUCCGUUGAGCGCCGUGGCCAGCCUACUGCCGUAAAAGAGCCGCUGAAGAAGACAAGCCGUAUCUACGACCUGGAGGAGGCGCCCGUCUACCAGCCCACCGAGGAGGAGUGGAAAGACCCAAUAGAAUAUAUACGAAAGAUCACUCCAGACGCAGAGAAGUUCGGCAUUUGCAAGGUUAUACCGCCAGAUUCGUGGGACCCAGACUUUGCUAUUGAUACCGAGGUCAGCAAUUAUGCCCGCCCUUUCUUGCCUUUCUUGCCAAAAUUCCACUUUCGUACCCGAAAGCAGGAUUUGAACUCUGUCGAAGGCAGUGAGUCUCCCUUUUCCCCGAUCCGGCGGAACCCCUCGGCCGCAGCAGCUAAGCGCAGCGAACCCGCUAUAGGCAGCAGGGCCAACAUCACAUAUGUCGAUGCCCUGCUCAAGUUCCACAAGCAGAAUGGCAACCAGCUCACCCGUAUGCCUUACGUCGACAAGCGGCCUCUGGACCUUUACCGGCUCAAGAAGGCUGUGGAAUCUCGCGGCGGGUUCGACAAGGUCUGCAGAACCAAGAAAUGGGCCGAGAUCGGUCGUGAUCUGGGCUACAGUGGCAAGAUCAUGAGUUCUUUGUCAACAUCUCUCAAGAACUCCUACCAGAAGUGGCUUUGCCCCUAUGAAGACUUUUUGAGAUUGGCAAAACCCGGUGUUCAUCAGCAGCUGGAGUGGGAGAAUGGCGGUCCGCUGACUCCAAGCCCGGCACCAAGCCCGAUGAAGCAUUCCAACGUCAACACGCCGUCUAGCCUUCGAGGCGACUCGCCUGCACGAAAUGCGUCGAGUGCACUACAGGCAUCAGUGAACUCUGGACGGUGUACACCUGCUGCUGAUGCGCAGCAGCCACCGCCACCGCCAAAGCCCGUCACUUCAGGAUUUACAGCCAUCAACUCGGGUGGUUUCACCGCUGUCAAUUCUGGCUUUACGAGUGUCAAUCGUCCAGUCGUUCAAGAUUCAAAGACUAGCACGCCUUCGAAACAGUUUGCCAGCCCUCUGGCAUCCGCUAAGAACACACCAGAGUACCGCCCAUCUGGUCUGGGACCAUCAGCGUCGGCGCUGAAGCGACAGCUCAGCACUGACAGCCUUGAUCUCAGCCGUGACAAUGCCGUCCCGACUGUCGCCGGAUCACAUAUGUCCAUGUUUCGGCCGAUGCCCAGGUUGCCCAGGGACGAUACCUCAUUACAGAAAUGUGCGCAAUGCGGUAAGGCUGAAGAAUCCAGCUUCUUUGCAGUCUGUGAGUCGUGUGACAAUGCGUAUCAUGGCACCUGUUUGGAUCCGCCCCUGAAGGUUAAGCCGGAGCCCGACUGGAACUGUCCCCGAUGUCUUGUGGGCGAUGGCCAAUUCGGGUUCGAAGAAGGUGGCCUGUACUCUCUGCGGCAGUUCCAGGAAAAGGCUGCCGACUUCAAGCAGGGCUAUUUCGAGAAGAAGAUGUCGUUUGAUGCAGCGCUGGGAUGCAACAAACCUAUCACGGAGGAUACUGUGGAACGUGAGUUCUGGCGCCUCGUGACGGACGUGGAUGAGGAGGUUCAGGUUGAGUACGGUGCCGACAUACAUUGCACGACCCAUGGGUCGGGUUUCCCGACAAUCGAGAAGCAUCCGACAAACCCUUACUCGACCGAUCCAUGGAAUCUCAAUGUGCUCCCCUACCACCAGGACAGCCUCUUCAGGCAUAUCAAGUCGGACAUCUCGGGCAUGACAGUGCCCUGGGUCUACGUCGGCAUGACCUUUUCCACAUUCUGCUGGCACAACGAGGACCACUACGCCUACUCGGCAAACUAUCAGCACUUUGGUGCGACCAAGACGUGGUACGGCAUUCCGGCAGAGGACACUGAGAAGUUUGAGCAGGCCAUGAAGGAUGCUGUGCCCGAGUUGUUCGAGACAAACCCAGACCUCCUGUUUCAGCUUGUCACCCUCCUUACGCCCGACCAGUUGAAGAAGGCUGGUGUUCGCGUCUUUGCUGCGGACCAGCGCGCUGGUCAAUUCGUCAUUACCUUCCCCAAGGCCUAUCACGCCGGCUUCAAUCAUGGAUUUAAUUUCAACGAGGCUGUCAACUUCGCACCGUGCGACUGGGAGCCUUUCGGCCUCGACGGGGUGGAGCGGCUGCAGGCUUAUCGGCGCCAGCCCUGUUUUUCACAUGACGAGCUGCUCUGGACGGCUGCCGAGGGGAUGACGGGCAACGGUCUGACGAUCCAAACAGCGAAAUGGCUUGCGCCUGCGCUAGAACGCAUUCACCGUCGAGAGCUUGCCGAGCGCGACGCUUUCCGCCACAAACACUGCUCUUUGCAAUCUCACCAGUGCAAUUUUGGAAUUGAGGGCGAAAUGACAUGUCCUCUGGCGUUCAAGGUCGACGACAAAGAUGUUCCCGAGGAAGAAUACUCCUGUGCAUAUUGCAAGGGGUUUGCCUAUCUGUCGCGGUUCAAAUGCCUCAAGUCCGGCAAGGUUUACUGUCUUUUGCAUGCUGGAAGUCAACCGUGUUGCGAGGUGCCAGAGGCGCAGCGAUUCUAUGGAAAGGAUCACGAGCUCGUCUACCGAAGAACAGACGAAGCCAUCUCUGCAACUGGCAAGAAGGUCUCGGAGAAGGCAAGCGUGCCUGAGAUCUGGGAGGAGAAGUACGACAAGGUUCUCGAGGAGGAGCCGACGCCUUCCCUGAAAACCUUGCGCAACCUACUCAACGAGGGUGAACGCAUACCGUACGAACUCAAAACCCUCCCCAUCUUGCGCAAUUUUGUUGACCGUUGUAAUCGCUGGGUCGAAGAGGCAACCAACUACACGAUCCGCAAGCAGCAGAACCGCCGAAAGAACGAGAAAGUCUGGCAAGCAGGACUACGCAAGUCGAGCAUCGCCCAGCAAGACGAACGAGAGCGCGAGAUGCGAAAGCUCUCCAACAUAUAUCGACUCGUGGAUGAGGCCGACAAGAUUGGCUUUGAGUGCCCAGAGAUCCAGCUCAUAAAAGAUAGAUCCAACGCCAUCAAAGCCUUUCAGGAGAGUGCCAGGAAAGUGAUCGAUCACCCGUCCAUGCACCAGGUCGAGGCGGUGGAAGAGCUGCUUGAAGAGGGUAACAACUUCAAUGUUGACCUGGACGAGAUGGAUAAACUGGCCAAGGUGCUUGACAAGUUGAAGUGGAACCAGCGGGCCAAGGAGAGCCGUUGUACAUUCAUGUCCUUCACGGAAGUCACCGAACUGAUUGACGAAGCUAAGCGCAUCGGCAUCGAGAGCUACAACGAUCAUCUCGCCUACUAUGUGGAACAGCUGACGCAGGGCUUCGUGUGGGAGAAGAAAGCCAAAGAGAUCAUGGAAAGCGACGCUAUCCACUACCAGCAGCUUGAGGCCUUAUCUCUCCAGGCAACCCAGCACCUGUUGCCCGUGUCCCUCACGACGCUGGAGCAGGUCGACCAGAUCCUGCACAAGCAUAGGGAGGCACUGCGGCUGAUUGUCGACCUGAACACUCGUUCACGGAUGCAUGAUAACCGCAAGCGACCCAAGUAUGCUGAGCUUGCUGAGGUGAUGAAGAUGCUGGACGAUUUGCAGUCCAAGCCUGCAGGGACUCUGGACUUGGAAAAGGAACAGCGCCGCCACGAGGACUGGAUGCGCAAGGGAAAGAAGCUCUUCGGGAAGACCAACGCACCGCUGCACAUUCUGAAGAGCCACAUGGAGGCUGUCCUGGAGCGUAAUGUCGACUGCUUCGACAUCUCCAGAGACAAGCCGCGUCUACCAGCCGAGCCGGCCUCUCGCGAACCCUCACCUGAUAAGGAAAAGGCAGGAGGAGUCUAUAGGUGGGACGAUCCCAAGUUCCGAGAGGUGUUCUGCAUCUGUCGCAGGGUCGAAGCUGGUAUGAUGAUCGAGUGUGAGCUGUGCCACGAAUGGUAUCAUGGCAAAUGUCUGAAGAUCGCCCGCGGCAAGGUCAAGGAGGAAGACAAGUACACGUGUCCUAUUUGUGACUGGCGAGUGAAGAUUCCCCGUGACGCCGCAAGGCCGAAGCUCGAGGAUCUGAUCGAUUGGUACGAUGAGAUACCAGGGCUGCCGUUCCAGCCGGAAGAAGAGGAUCUGCUCAAGAAGAUCAUCGACAAUGCACAGGCCUUCCGAAACCAUGUUUCGUCCUAUUGCAACCCGGUCCUGUCAACCAGGAACGAAGCCGAGACGCAGCGAUUCUACUUGCGGAAGAUCGAGGGCGCUGAGGUUCUCCUCGCUGACGAGACCAACUUCUUCCGCCAAGAGUUGCACAAAUGGAGUCCUGUGGCCCCGGACCCACCGCCCAUCAUUGAGGUGUCCAAGAGCACCCGCAAGCCUCGACCGACAAAACUCGACAGGCUGCUGCUUGCACAUGGCGUAACUGACGUCGAGGAUCUGCCAGAAGCCGUCAAGAGCAAGGGGCUCAGUCUCAAGCGCAAGCGUCAGAAUGCCGAGAUGGCCGCGCAAGCCGCAGCACAACAUGCUGUGCAAGCUGGGUCGUCCACAGGUGCUCAGGCCAACAGCCCCCCCAGUGCCCUCACCUACGCCUCGUACUACCAGCGCGGAACGUCCUCACAGCCGCAGACGCCAAACCUAUCGACCACAAGCAGCUCGCACGCCCACCCGCCACGCGGGCCCGGAUCAGCCGGCUCUAUUCACCCGAGCUUCUUCCAUCAUACCCUACCGAGCGGACCCCAGCUCUUGCGAACGCCAGUUGACGACGGCGGAGCGCUGAGUAAUUACAUGUUUAGCGAAGCGAGCCGCCAGACGACGCUCGAGUACUUGUCCAGGACCAGUGAGGGGCGCAAAAAGGCCGAGGAAAUAUUUGGGCCGAAUCCCUUCAACCAACUUGCCGGGCCGGCAAUGUCCAGCGCCGGCGGUCAGGACGAUGCAUUUAAUGGCAGUGUGGAUGAUGGGGAUGUAGACCAGAUGUUUGCCGACAUGGUGAAUCAGGAUGAGGAUGACGAGAAAGGCAAAGGGGUUGCCAGUCAGCACUCGGAUCAAGAGAAGAUCACUGCUGACAGCCUGGACAGGGAGAGGAACGGGAUAGAUGCGUUGUUGGACGGUGAUUGAGAUUAUGGGGGAUGGUCCCCACGUUGUUUAUCACACUUUUCAGCUCGCGUUGCUUCUUGAGCGACGACAUACUGUUCUGGAGGAUGUGUCAUGUUCCAAGACUUGACAGGAUCACGGCCUACGGACGGCCCAUUUAUAUCUGGAGUUGGUGGAAAUUUGUCUACCAGGACUUGUUAUUACGGGGGAGGGACUUGAGUAUGUGUGCACAUGAAGUAGACAUGGCGGGUUGAUUGACAACGGCGCUUGGUGGAACGUCGGACUGGUGCAUAACAAACAGUUGCUGGUUGAGGUUUUUUUUUGUCUUCUAGCUUGCUUUUUCUAGAUGAUGGGUCGGCCUUUGCUCUGGGCUGUGAAACUCAAAAAAUACCCUUACUACUGGGAAAGAGAGGGAAAGAAAGGGAGAAAUAGGCGUUUGCGGGGCGGUGAGCCUUGUGCCACGCAUACAGUAAUCGAUCAUGUUUGUUAUUUUUGCACUUGAAACGUUGGCUGGCGAGUGUUAGUUCUGAGAUGCACGGGGCUCUCGGUGUCGGCAUUUUGUAUAACUAGAUCAAAAGUCCUACUAUAUUUCUUAUUUGUAGACUGCAAUAAGUUGACGGCCGCUAGAAUUG